CAUGUAAAUAAAUAAAUAAAUAAAUAAUUAUUCUUAUUUUUAUUAUUAUUAUUAUUUUAUUAUUUUAUUAUUAUUACUAUUGUUAUUAUCAAUAUUUAAAGAAAAAAAAAUUUUUAACUAAAAAAGAGGAAAUAAAAAAAAGUAAUAUUGAAAACAAAAAAAAAAUAUUUGCAAUGUCUCGUAAAUUUUUAUUUGUUAUCUUUCUUGUCUUCAAUAUCAAUCAGUCAAAAAAAUUUAUUCAUGGAAAUGUGAUUGUCCCAAAGAUACAUCAAGUUUUUAUGAACACUUCAGUGCCGGAGGAAUUGAAAAAUUUACCACUUGUGGGAAAAUGUUGUCCAUUGGGAGAAAUGUUAUUAUCAAACGAUAUCAACGAAAAAGCUAUUUGUACAAAAAUUAAAACUAAUAACAAAAAUAAUAAUUAUAAGAAUAAUAAUAAUAAUAAUAAUAAUAAUAAUAAUAAUUUUAUUAAUAAAAAUUCAACAACAGAAUUUCCAUCGAAAAAUAAUAUAUUUUCACCAUUCUUUUGCGAACACAAUGAAAGUGCAUUAGUAGUUCCAGGCAAACGAAAAAAAGAAUUUGUCGCAUAUAUUGGCGAUCCCUGUCCCUAUGUAAGAUACUUAUUACAACCAAAAGAAACAUUGCUAGAUGAAUCUUAUUUAUUGGAAAAUGGCUCAAUUUAUUACACUUAUGAACAUCCACCAUUAUUAUCACCGGGAAUUGAUUAUUGUAUGGAAAUAUUGGAAGAUAUGGGACUUCAAACACUUGUUUGUUCAACAAAAGAAGAUCAUGAAGUAAAAAUUGAUUAUCGAUUAAUAUUUUAUGCAUCUGGAUUAUUAAUAUCGGUGCCAUUUUUAUUAUUAACAAUAAUUGCCUAUUGUAUAACGCCAAUAUUAAGAGAUGCACAUGGUAAAGCACUUUGUAAUUAUUGUGGCUGUUUAGUUGUUGCAUUUACAACAUUGGCACUUGUUCAACUUGCCAAUGACAGUAUCAGCGAUGAUUUUUGCAUUUCCAUAGCUUUUAUAAUUCAAUUUUCAUUUGUGGCAUGUUUCUUUUGGUUAAAUGUCAUGUGCAUUGAGACAUGGCUAUUGAUUCAUCGACGUGUAUAUCGUAAUCAAUGCUAUUUGAAACCAAAAAAAUUAUUUUUCUAUUAUUCAAUUUGGGGCUGGCUACCACCGUCGAUACUUAUUAUUAUUUCAAUGAUAUUGGAUCUACAUCCAACGGUACCGAGUACAUAUGUUAAACCAAAUUUUGGAACCGCCAGCUGUUGGUUUGAAUCUGACAAAAAUGCAAUGCCCUAUUUCUAUAUUCCAGUUGGUGUUCUCAUUAUAAUGAACCUAAUUUUUUUUGCCUUAACUGCCCGUGAUGUUAAUAUUUAUCAACAUGAAUUAGAUUUACGUUUGAUUGCAUCAAAUCAAGAAUCCGAUCACAAUGAACAAAAAAUGAUACGUAGAACGCAAAAAAAAUUAUUUCUAUGCAUUGGAUUAUUUUUUUUUAUGGGCAUGAAUUGGGCAAUGGAAAUGAUAUCAUGGUGGUCAAAAGGUGAUACAAUUGCAUGGACUGCAUUUGAUAUGGUUAAUGCAUUACAGGGAAUUAUUAUUUUUGGUCUUUUUGUUUUAAGAAAACCAAUACAAAAUAUUGUUUGGUAUCGAAUACAAUAUCUUCGCGGUGUGCCAAUUGAAAAUGAACCAAAUGUCAUUAAUAUUGAUUUAAGAAUGUUGCCACUUGAUGACAUUAUUGACAAUGAGACUGAUAACAAUAAUCAUCGAACUGAGCAAUUAUAAAACGAAAAAUUGUUCUUA